GCAGACUGGCUUAUUGACAUGGCGUCACAAAUUCAGAGAUAAAUGGACUACAGAAUACUCCAUGGUUUUAAAGUGUGAUUUUGUAUUUAUUGAAGGAUUGUAUGAGGAAAAUCUGUUUCACUUCCUGCAAGAAAUGAUGAUUUUCAUGUGGAUAUGUUGGCAGUUUGGAUUUCAGGAUCAUGAAAAACAGAUUUGGGAUUUCUAGAAUCCUGCGGUAAUCCUGCGGUAAUCCUGCUGUUGUUUUUUUGUCCUGCUUGAUGCAAGUGUCACUAGGAGACAGGACUGGAAAUUGAAACGUGGCUGUAAUAGCUUUCUUUACAUAUUGAUUGGAGAACUUGAACUGUUGGAAUCGAUAAGUUAAAAUAUCCCAGUCGGCCAUGUACUAUGGAAACAUAUUUGCAUCUUGCUGCAGUCACAGACAUAAAAUACAUCCUUUUUGUCUCAGGGUUAAAGUAGAUUUUGUAUGUUGUUGCGUCUUGAAUGUCAUCGUAUGGUUAUGUGAACUCUUUUGUCUGAAAAGUACAUUAAUGUUGCUGUACCAUGAGUUUCUAUGUAUGUUCCGGUAAUGGUGUGGGAGGGUUGAUACAAAAGUCUUAGAUCCAGGGCAGACUGUUCGGGAGUAAAUGGGCAGUUUUCGUGAUUUAUUACGGUGACAUUUUAUCUGGCUUUCCUUCAUCAGUGCAUUCGGUUCCCGGUGUUAAUUCGUUCUGUGACAAACAUCGGACAAACAUCAUUAAGAAGAAAUCCCUGCAAUUUACUCUACAGCUGUAUGGUCGGAAUCCACGACCUUGGAAAUGAAUAAUAUUUUUGUACCGAGGUUGUCAACGUAAAGUUUCCUUCAGAUAAUCUGUGGCCAGAUUUGGAUGGAGGUGGUGUAUCAUUAACAAGUUUUGGUGAUUGUAAAUUGGUUCGUUUGGAGGUAAAUUGAAGGCUUAAGGGACAGCUUUUCUUCAGCUGUAUCAGACGUGAAAAGUAGGCAACCUUCGAUUCUGCACAAGUAAGCGAAAAACAGGCUAUUGUUGUCUUUGUAAGGUUUCGUUUGACGCAGUGUGACGUUUUUUCUCUACUGGUUGGAGUAAAGGAAUUCUUGCUUUUUGAGCAAGGAUAUAUACGCAAUCACAGUUCAUUCAAAGGCUUUCCUGCAAUCAUUGAAAAUCAUGUGACCUUGACCUUUUAACCUCUUAAUUUUGAAGGCGGAGUUUUCAACUUGUCGGAACAUAUAAGUGUCCCAUAUUAGCAAGGAGAACAGGGUCACAGGAUUGUGCUCGUUGAAUAUUUUUCAUUAUGAACAAUCAAGCGGUUCUAAAAGGGAAUGACAUUUUGCAGAUGUUUUAGCAGUGGUUGAAAAUGAGUGGAUUGACAUGUGAGGGACAUAUACGUGAUGAGUGUUUCUUUUAUGACAACGUUGUACGGGCAAAUUGCUGCGAUUCUGUAGGUGACAUUUGAAAGUUGCAUCGUCAAUGAAAUUAGACUCAAAUCACAGGCUAUUUCAGGGCAGCACCGUUUUCUGAGGUCGUAUUUCAACCAUGAUGGUUUUGUGUGUGAAGAGGAUGCUGGUAUUAAUAUACAGUUCGGAGGACUAUAGUUUUUUGUCAUUCAAAAGUCUCAGUCGUUUGUACUUGAGUAUGUAAUCUUGUACCAGGAACAAGGAUGGACGCAGAACGGAUGAUUAUGGAGAAUUAUGGAGAAUUUUGUUGACAAUUAUCCCAUCAGUCAACGUUUAACCAGUAACACGUAUUGUCGUACAUUUUGGAGCCAACAAACAACUACAAUUAACAACAUCAUUCCAUUGUUAUUGUAGACUCCAUUGCUGAUAUAUGCGAACAUUUAGUUGGUUGUGUGGGCAACAAAUAUUGAAUAUUUACAGUGUUGCUCACUGACCACUGUCCACUUGUAUUGUCAGUUGGCCAUUGUGAGUAGUUGUUGUUUGUUGUGAGAGCCUGGAGUUCCAUUCUUCAACAACCAUGGAGUAUAGAGGCCGGCGCCGAAGCUUUAGCUUUGACCGAAUUUUGGAAUCCCGGCGAAGUCAAAGCUCGAAAUACAGAUGUGACACGCCCCUUACUCUGAAGAGUUACAGGAAGCAGACGAUGGACAGUCAGCUGUUCUGUGAGGCACACUUACCCAACACACCAGGUCCAGGGCCCACACCAGAGCCAGAAGACAAAAAUGCAGACCUGUUUGAGAUGUUGGAACGCCUUCAGGGCAAGCGGAUUGACGACCAGAGGUGUGAUAUGUCAGCCUUCUUCAAGGGUCCUGAUUUUUUCGACACUCUCCUUAAAUACCAAAGUCGGCGCUACGAGGAUCAACGGUGCACGAUGCCGCUACCAAAACCCAUCCAGGCCCCACCUAUUGCACCUGCAAAGGAGGAAAAUGAGAGUAUCAAAGAGCUGCUGGCUAAGCCGGGCCCCUACCCCAUGGUGGUGCUUCCCCCUGAUGGGGGGUACUGGUUGGAGGGAGAGGCAGUCCAGUCCAUCCCCGUGGACAGUAGCGGCAACCUCGUCAUCCCAGAGUGCAACCCUCAGCUGUUCAGCCUUGACCUUGAUGAAACUGCUCUAGUUUACAGACAUCACUUCCUUGGGAAGGAGCACUUCAAUUAUUACACAGUAGAUGAGAAUGUCGGGCCGAUUGUCAUGUCUAUCAAGACAAGCCCCGAGACAGACAAUGAUAUCAGAGUCCUACUCAGAACACGGUUUAGUACGAAACAUGAAGUGGUGCCAUCCAGUAAGCUUGAAAAUCCCAAUCCAGCCAAACUAGCUAAGUGCUUAUGUGAAGACAUCACAACAGAUAGGUUUCAACCAGUGUUAUCAUUAAAGGGUUCCGAUCUAGUUGUGUCCUACGAUGAACAUGUGCUUACAAAUACCUUCAAGUUUGGUAUCAUAUACCAGAAGUUUGGACAGACUUUUGAAGAAGACCUGUUUGGUAAUGUCAGUCACAGUCCGGCAAUGGAGGAGUUCCUUCAGCUCAUCGGGAACACGGUGCAGUUGAAGGACUUUAAACGGUUCCGCGGUGGCCUGGACACACUACACGACCAGACGGGGCUGGAGUCUGUGUUUACACACUACCGUGAUAGUGAGAUCAUGUUUCACGUCUCUACCAUGCUUCCCCACACAGAGGGGGACCCACAACAGUUACAGCGUAAACGCCACAUAGGGAACGAUAUCGUCGCCAUCAUCUUCCAGGAGGAGAAUACACCGUUCAUUCCGAACAUGAUCGCCUCCCACUUCCUCCAUUCCUACAUCGUGGUGCAGCCUGUCAACCCCAACACCGACCACACGUCGUACAAGGUGUGUAUAACAUCAAGGAAAGAUGUGCCAAAGUUUAGCCCAGUUCUCCAGGAGCCUGCAGUAUUUAAAAAGGGACCAGAAUUCCGUGAAUUCCUCCUGACAAAGCUGAUCAAUGCAGAACUUGCUUGCUACAAAUCAGAACAGUUUGCUAAACUGGGGGAGAGGACACGAACGUCUCUUCUCGACUCUUUGCAGCAGGACCUUCACAAGAAGAAUAUUGAAUUAUUCGGGUUCUCUCUCCUUCCUGGAUCCAAACAAGAAGGAAGUCGUCUGUUUGACUCAGUCAAACGAGCAUUCAGUGGGAAGGGACGAAGCCAGUCCUUUGAAUCGAAUAUACCGGUCGGCAGUCGCAAAAGCAAUGGCAUUCCUACUUCUCUUCCCACAGUCGGGGAAGAUGAGAAGAAUUCACCAUCACCGGUGAAGAAGUCUCCCUCCACCCCUCGUAGUCUAGUCCGGCAGUUCUCCAGUAGUCUCGAGAAGAAAUCCAAAGAUAAGGGGUCUCGUCAGGACAGUCAGGGGUCUGUCAGCAUGUCCUCCUACAUCACCUGCAGCCCCCCUCCUUCCCCCCAGUCUAGUCCCAGCAGCAUCUCGUCAGCAACAAGAAUCAACCACAACAGUGUUCAGUUGUCUCCCUCCAACUCUGAAAGUAGCUUCAACAGCAUGGACGACUUCACGCCAACACACAACAACCACGACCACGAGGACUCCGACACAGGCAUGGAGAGUAUGUCGUCAGCCGGUACCCCCAGCAACAAUAUCCGUGCAUCCCUCUCCAAUAGCUUCAGUGAAGAUGGUGGCUGUGUGUUUUCACUGGAUGGUGAAAGUGAUGCUGUUUCCCGGCAAGCCGACCUGUUGAAAGCAGAGGUACAUAAACUACGCUGUGAGAAGUUAGAACUGCUCAGACAAAAUGUGACAAGUCAGCGGGAGAUCAAAAAGCUAAAAGAUCAAGAACUGAAGUUGGUGACCGAUCUUGCUCAAGUCACGCGUGAGUUACAGAGACGCAAGUUUCCCGUCAUCGAGAUUAGUCCAGAGGCUACAGUAUAAUGAUCUUCACCUUCAUAAUCAAUGCCAUUCAGACCUCCAUAUGGCCUUGUUGGAAUGUCAAGGAGAUGUGCUUCUCUGGACCAAAGACUCAAUAUUUUGUCAUCAAGUGCCAUAUCUACAAUUCAGCUCAUAUGACCUUCACCUUCAUAACGUGACCAGUAAUGCCCAACCAAGGGUUAUUCUGAUGUCAGUGCUAAGGUUCCAAGCUCAAGAUAAAUGACCUUCACCUUUUGAUGACCUUCACCUUUUUUCUUGUUUUUAUGACAACCUUCAUAAUAAUUUUAAAUAACUGUUCUCCAGCUUAGUCAUAAGUUGUUGAAUGGCUACACGAUUGUUAUGUCUGUAUUUAGGCUGGAUCUUACAAGGCUUACGUUUGUAUUUCGAAGCAUGAAAAAUAAUCCAUCGUGUAUAUACAUGUAUAUAUAAGACAAGCACUGGCAAAGGAAUAUUAUCAGAAUCAUGUUGCGAAGUUGAUCCUUGUGAAUACAUCGUCGUCAAAAAAACUGGCAAGCUAUCGAAUAGGGUAGAUUUGAGCUUUCUGAUAUCUUCAUUGAAUGCUGACCUUGACAGCAUUAAAGGACAUAUGUGGCACUUUGGUACAAUGCUUGAGCCUGAAAGUGUACUGUUUCUUAAACGGUUUUGGAUUUUUGACCUUGAUGGAAUGCUGACCUUGACCCAUGAUUGAAGCGUGUCUGAAAGAUGAAAUAAAUGUGUCACCUACGACCUUAAGCAGGACAAACAAAGACACUAGUGUGACAAUAAAAGGACAAGUGGAACUCUGUAAUCCUGACAUGGUACAAGGGAGAUCACUCAUUUCUGUGUUUCUGAACAGUCAUCAGUACAGUGUUGGAUUGGAUGGUAAAAUCUGAUUUGCAAUUGUGGGUUGUUGGACACACUAAUGGCAGGAUUUUCUGUGGACAUGGUGUUCAGAGUGAUUACAGUACAAGAAGAACUAUCACUUGUGCUGUGAGGGAGAAGAUCGCUUCUGGACAGUGGAGGAAGAAGAGGAAGAAGAUAGAUCAGCAUUCUGGAGAGGGUCUUUAAUCAUGUUCAGAAUCUUCUCGCUUCUUGGUCAUCUGAGACUCUUGAUAACUUCAUCAAAACUAUUUCAGGAGCACGGAACAGUAAUGGUCACAUUCAGGACAAAGAAAAUCAAAUAUACAUUUGACAUCGGGAGAAAUAUCUGAUUGGAUAAGACUGUGAAAGUGCUAUGUUUUGUCUUGCCAUGGAAGGUGCCAUGUCUAGAAAGAUGGUCUUUGCUGACUUUACUGGUAAUUCCGGAUUUGUUCUGGAUGUAAUGGAGUCCUUCCUGAUCAGAUUUCUGAGCAGUCAUUUCUGACCAUAGAACGCGGUGCAGAAAUCAUUAUAUAUACAAUUCAGACAAUUGGAAAAGGUGUCACUGACAAAAGCUUUGAUGCAUUGUGUUUCCAUCAAUGUGUUUGGUCCAGAGACGGUAUUAUUACUGGCUUAUUCAGUAUUAAAAGAAACAGACACAUUGCUACAAAACUUACUUAUCAACAGAACUCUAGUGUGAUGUUUCUGUUUGAUACAGCUGUAGAUAAAAAGGAGAUGAAAUAUCAAUGUUGACAAAGCUGAUUGCUGGAAAAGUGUGUGAAUCUGGUCGAAACUGAUACAGAAACGUGCCAUGUGUGUAUAUAGUGAACAACAUAUCACAAAUAACGGUGAUGGAUAGUAUUGCCAGAGUUCUUUGACCUGACUUCAUCUGCAUAUUUGUAAUGGCCAAGGUCAUACCAGGUCAAAUAGACUUGAUGAGGAGACAUGGCAAGAUGGAGAUGUUUUAGGAACUGACCAGCCAUUGGUGAAAACUGAAAAAUGUUGGAAAGUUUUGUUCGGAGAAAGAUUGUCAGGUCAGAGUCGCGAUUCAGUAUUCAACAUAUCCAGUAUGGAAAGAGACUGUUUACAAAACAAUCAAGGUGUGAAUUGGUUCGAAGAGUUCUGUGUUUAUGUAAUUGCAGAGGACUUGAAUGUAAGACUGCAGAAAUAUGGAACUGGUCGCAUCAUUGGUUCAAAUUAAUAAGGUCAAUAAAAGACGAUCUAUUAUGAUAGUGCGAAUAUUUGAAUCCAAGAUAUUUGGUUCUUUGCAUGUUGCAACUAGUCAUUAUAGGAUUACCGGUUUAUUCAGAGCCAAUAACCUGAAAUGAAUGGAAUGCAUGCUUCUGAUUGGUCCAUUUCCCUGUGUGAUCUUGUGCAGAUGUUUUUUCCUUCUUUUAUGACAUUUAUGUUUACAGAUUGUUACUAUGGUAACAAAUUCGUAAACUCAUUGGGUUAUAUUGAAUUUCAUUGGUCAAUGAUUUGGACUGAUAAUGUUUGAUUGAGAGUUUAUCAGCUUUACCUCAUUUAUAUCCGUCAUUGGUCAGUUCAAUCAAAUACUGACCACUAGUUGGUCACUUUCUUCCAACCUUUAUAAACAAGGUAGGGUAUUGUAAGAAGGCAACUGAUUGGUUGUCAAUUGACCAAUACUGUACCAAGACAAAUUGUGGUUGGUUGCAAGAUGGCAUCUGAUUGGUUGUCAACUGACCAAUGCUUUACCCAUACAAACUGUGAUUGGUUGUAAGAGGGCAUCUGAUUGGUUAUCAACUAACCAAUGGUUUCAAAGAUUAAGUGCUGAAUAUCCAUUUACUUCAGGUUUACGUAUUCGACGUAAUAAGCGCCCAGGGCACUCUCAAAAUUAGAAAUAGGGGGCUCUUAUUAGAAUAGUAUUUUGGUGAGAGAAAAAAACAGAGUUGAAAGAUAAAUUUCGCGGUUUAUGCUGACAGCCUGAGAUGUUUAUA